UACCCUAAUUUACAUUUUUUUGUGAUUUUUGGUUGAAACAAAGUCCAAUUAAUAGUUCUUAAGUCGGAUUUUUAGUUUUUCCCCCAUUGGCAAACAUUUAGGCUAAAGGUUUGUUUUAUUAAAUUGCAAUCCUUUUCAUUUUCGGUAAUUACAAAGAAGAAUCAAAUUAAAUGCAACCUCGCGCCACAUUAUUUGCUAUUCUGGUUUUCCCAUGCGUUACACGAUUUAAGCACUUUUGGGACUUCAAUUCGGUAGAGGCCGAGGCACAAUUGCCAGUUGUACACAUUAGUUCUUGAUUGACUCUUGUGCAGGCUAGUCGUAAAUUUAGUUUCGAAAUGGGAAAAAGCUGGUUUGAUGGCACGACCCUUUUGUUGGGAUUCUGCGGUGCUGUUUAUAUUUUGUUUUUCACAUUUGCAAUAGUAACUCUAGUCAUGUGUUGAGAAUAACUUGAAUAAAUAUCCUAUUAUCUUCAAUGCCAAACUCUAAUUUCGGAUUGUAUGAUUUUUUAAGUUGUGGGUAAGCUGGCGCUGAAUGCACAAUAAUGUGAUAAAUUACUAAAACGAAAAUCUUUUU